UCAAAGCCCAAUGGAGAGUUCUCAGACUCAUAUUCUGACUAAAAUUAUGAGUAUGACAACGUCAGGCUAAUAAUCACAGUUAAUUCACCGUAAAAUAUAAUUCCCACCAUCAUCAUCAUCGUUUCACAAAAUCCAAUAUUGUGAGUAGGCUUACAGGAAGUAGUCGUACAAACAACUGGUAGGCCUACUGCCUCUCCCCUCGUACCCUUCUUUUUGUACUCAUUUAGUAGUUUAGACUAAAUAAAAAAUAGCUGCCAGAAUUAACAUGAGUCUCAGAACUCUUGAUUUUAUUUUUUGGGUGUGUAAACGGCCAAAUAGCUUAGUGAAACAACUCUCCUUAGACCCCCAAGGCCUGGUUUAGCCUAAAAACACACUUUAUAGAACAGGCCCCCGUGGGGCUAACUCUGGAGAAUGUUUACUAGCGUCUAUACCAGUAGUAGGCCUAAGCAUCCUGCACAUCCUCUCGUCAGUCUCACCCGUAGGCAAUGGCAAAUUCACCUGCUGCUGUAGAUCAAUCAAUUACAGCUGCCUGUCCGCCUUCAAUGGCAUGCCACUCAAUAAUAAUAUCCUAAGGACGAUACGGACGUUGAGUCUUCCUAUUAAUUCAUUCAACGCCGUUUCUUAUUUUAUCGUUCUGUAGCCUAAUGUUUGUGGAGAAUUCCUCGUUUUUUCAAGUAGCCUAUCUAACAUUUUACUUAGACUAUGUUUGUGUAAAUAGCACAGCCUAAAGAAGCUAAACCAAGUAGGCUAUAUGUGAAUGGUUUAGGUGCAGGACACUUCACAUAUUUCCUUUAAACAGCCUAAAUAUACAGACGGGGAAAUAUACCAAGGAAUAUUUCUAUAAAUGUCCUGCAUGUUACAUUUGAGUUGUAGCACUUGAUAACUCUGCUGCGGCCCCACACAGAGAGUAAACUCCGCUAUAGCGUCCUCCCUUUAAACGCUGCCUGCCACGCCCCCAACAUGAUUACACCAAAGCUAUUUGUGGAAAACAUGACCCUGCGGGCCACACGAACGUUCACCUAUUGUUUUGUGAGAGGUUCUGAGGGCAGGACCCGGAUAAAAACGCGUUGUGUUGGACUACGUUCCUUAUGAGCUUUCUAAUCGCUGUACUUGUUUAGCAACGUGUGGGACUUGUUGCGCUGGUUCUAUCCUCUUUGAAUGCAGCUCCGCUCCCACUCUGGCGAGGUGCGUUAUGUGACGAUUUUGGAACAGAAGCCCUCAGCGGCAGGAAGAACAUGUGGUAUAUUUGACACAUUUAAAGAAUGACAAUAAUGUAUGAUUGCAGAAAUAAUUUGGACAUGUUAAACGACCCAAAGACCACUUGUGAUAAGUAGCCUAUGCAGGCGUGAUGAGACCGAAGUUGGACGUAUUCAGCAGAUGAGGAAGUGUGUGACUUCGGGUUCUAACUUCUAUGAGUCCUCCUUAACCUUGCCGUCUUCCCGUGGCCUUCCAAGCCCCCUUUGAUAAUCAAGCCUGCCUUUACGAAGCCCCGGCAGUGGAGGCGAGCCUCCGAACAUGACCUCAGACAGCGGGAAUGCAAGUCACUGCUGGUCUAUUUCCCACGAGCUAAUGUGGUCUCCUGUUUACUUUCUCUACAUCUCUGUGCUCCUGUGGACUAAGCGCGUAGACGGACUGGCUGACUUCUCAAACUAUCUAUCAAGGAUAAUAACAAGCCACUCUACGCAUGCUUGCGAAGGACAUGCAGUUCGUCUUUUCUGUCCGCGUCACUCCACCAUCUCCAUCCAGUCUGCGUUCUACGGACGCGGCGACUCUGAUUUCUGCUCCAGCGAUCCCAGGGAAGGCGCGGACGCAGUUGCAGCAAAUCACAACUGCUCGACUCUUACUGCAUUGCAGAAGGUGCUGUCAGAGUGUGAGGGCUUCAGAUCCUGCCAGCUCCCAGUCAACCACCAGGUGUUUGGGAGAGACCCAUGUCCAGAAAUCCCCAAGUAUCUCAGUAUAACCUACAUGUGCAAGCCCACAGAACAUAAGAGCCUGGUGGUGUGUGAAGAGGGCAGGCUGCUGUUGCGCUGUAAGCCCCCCAAGGUGCUCCUGGUCUAUGCUGCCAUCUUUGGGAGGGGGCGGGGCCAGCAGGACACAUGCCCCACCCACCCAACUGAACCAUCCCCUUUCGACUGUUUGAACCACGAGGCUGUGCAUGCAGUGUCACGGGCCUGCCACAACACACAAAGGUGUGAGAUGGCAGUCAACAACCAGACCUUCAGAGACCCGUGCUUUCCAGGAACCAGGAAGUACCUGAUGGUACUCUACUCCUGUGUCCCACAGACGUUGGUCAGAGAGACAGACCCAGACAUUAUCAGGAUCACCUCACCUUCAGGAGCAGGGAUCCAGGAGUCCUCCCCUUCAGACCUGUCUACUUAUCCCAAGGGCUCCAGACGACCAGACAACUCUGCUGUCAUGAUGAGCAACUCCCUCAUGACUUAUGGCUACAUUAAAGAGCACCCAGAGACUGCAGCGCUGCUCUUCACCUCCAGCGUGUGUGUGGGUCUGCUGCUCACCCUGCUCGCUGUGUCUGCCAGAGUCUCCUGCAGAGGGCGCUCUUGUAGAGACCAGAAGCACAAAGUCAAGACUCCCAGCCAGACACACAGCAGCGAGGAAGAGGACGAAACAGACUGCUCCUUGCUGUCAGACUCGGACAGGAAGCCGAUGUACUGCUGGGAGGAGGUGGCUUAUACCACUGAGGCAGCAGAGCAGUUGGAGAGGAUAGAGAGGAGAGAGCUGGUCAUCCAGGAGAUCUGGAUGAACGCCUACCUGAACGGAACGGCCAUCUGAAUGUGGUAACUUGGGAUUCCUUGGCAACCUGACUGAUAUUCCCACAUUCAUCACUGCCAUCCUGGUUCUGAUGCUCUGGAUCAAGGCAUUUAUGUGCAGAACAAUUUGUGUGGGUGUUGUUUAGUUUGUUGAGGAAAUGUUCCCCGGAACAUGCAUUGUCCCUUCUUCCCUUCAUCUGUAACUUUUUCCAUAACAUUUUACCCUUGUCCUCCUCUCUGGAACGCUCAUGGCGAGAACUCUAGAACACCACCUCCUCUUUGGAUCCACCCAACUUCCUAGCGUUAAACAGUGUUGGGUUUCCACGACAAGUGUGCCAGAGGCCUGGACAAAGAGAGGAAAGGUGUAGCAUCCUUCUCCGUGGGCCUGAUCCAAACUCUGAGUCAUUCAUUCUUCUCUGCGGGCCUAGGGCCUGCAUCUGAGUCACCCAACAAGUUCAGAUUCAAAACCCUGAAGUGUAGUAACCUAGAACUCAAUAUAAGUUGUAUGAACACCAGAAAACCCAGAAAAAUGUAUGGACUACAUGCACAGUUUUGUUAGUUUAUUGACAUUGUUGUGAAAUCAGUAUAAUGUUGUCUUCUGGGAAUGGCUUAAAUAAAGAUGAGUAAGAACAGUGACC